UGCUCGUCUCUUGAUUCCCCCUGAAAGCCUCUCUCUGCAGGCUCUGUGUUACCCUCAGAGUUACACAAUACACCCUGAACUGCCUUUAUUCCCUCCUCUGCUUCUUUAACACAGAGUGUGACUCCACAAACAGACAACAGCGCCCCCUAGCUGCUCAUUCCUCACCCUGCAUUCAGGUUGGAGUAAUAAAAAAAACCCCUCCAUCAUCCUCAUCCUCCUCCUCCUCCUGCGAUGCGAGCAUCGUUCCGGUGGAGCCUCCUCAUGACUGCCUGGUAGGGCGGCUGAUCAGCUCAUACACCGCGGGGAACCAGGGACAGCAUCAUGGCCAAGCACCGCAAGGAGAGAGACAGCUGGGGUGAGUGGUCCCUCGGUGAUAAAAAUGUCUACGACUGGAGCUCCGAGGAGGAGGAGCCUGACGGACGAGCCCGGCCCGUUCAGGUGCUGCUGGUCAAAGACGACCACACCUUCGAGCUGGACGAGGCGGCGCUGAGUCGCAUCCUGCUGGCCGAGGAGGUCAGAGACCGAGAGGUGGUGGCCAUCUCUGUGGCCGGAGCUUUCCGGAAGGGCAAGUCCUUCCUCAUGGACUUCAUGCUGCGCUACAUGUACAACCAUGCGUCUGAAACCUGGCUCGGGGAUUCAGAGGAGCCUCUGACCGGCUUUUCCUGGAGGGGCGGCUCAGAGAGGGAGACCACCGGGAUCCAGAUCUGGAGCGAAGUCUUCCUGGUGGACAAGCCAGACGGGAGAAAGGUUGCCGUGUUGCUGAUGGACACACAGGGAACGUUCGACAGCCAGUCGACCCUGAGGGAUUCAGCCACCGUGUUCGCUCUGAGCACCAUGAUCAGCUCCAUGCAGGUUUACAACAUCUCUCAGAACGUUCAAGAGGACGACCUUCAGCACCUUCAGCUCUUCACAGAGUACGGCAGGCUGGCCAUGGAGGAGACUUUCCUCAAACCGUUCCAGUCCAUGAUCUUCCUGGUUCGAGACUGGAGCUUCCCGUACGAGUUUCCGUACGGUCAGGAUGGAGGGAUGAAGUUCCUGGAGAAGAGGUUGAAGAUCUCUGAGAAUCAGCAUGAGGAGCUGCAGAACGUUCGUAAACACAUCCACUCCUGCUUCACCAACAUCUCCUGUUUCCUGAUGCCUCACCCCGGACUCAAAGUGGCCACCAACCCGCUCUUUGAUGGGAGAAUCUUAGAGAUCGACGGGGAUUUCUUGAACAACCUGAAGGUCCUGGUCCCCUGGCUGCUCAGUCCUAGCAACAUCGACGUGAAGGAGAUCAACGGCAGCAAGAUCACCUGCAGAGGUCUGGUGGAGUACUUCAAGGCGUACAUCAAAAUCUACCAGGGCGAGGAGCUGCCUCAUCCAAAGUCCAUGCUGCAGGCCACAGCGGAGGCGAAUAACUUGGCAGCGGUUGCCGCGGCGAAGGAUCUGUACAACAAGAAGAUGGAGGAGGUCUGCGGGGGGGACCGGCCCUUCCUGGCCCCCAGCGAGCUCCAGAACCGACACAGCGCCAUCAGGGAGGAGGCCCUGCAGGUGUUCAAGGGCGUGAAGAAGAUGGGUGGCGAGGAGUUCAGCCGGCGCUACCUGCAGCAGCUGGAGGGCGAGGUCGACGAGGUGUUCGUCCAGUACAUCAAGCACAAUGACUCCAAGAACAUUUUCCACGCCGCCCGCACGCCGGCCACGCUCUUUGUGGUCAUCUUUGUCAUGUACGUGGCCGCGGGCAUCACGGGCUUUGUGGGCGUGGACGUCAUUGCCAGCUUGUGUAACAUGAUCCUGGGUCUGGCUCUGAUCACUCUCUGCACCUGGGCCUACAUCCGGUACUCCGGGGAGUACAGAGAGCUGGGGGCCGUCAUCGACCAGGUGGCCGGUGCGCUGUGGGACCAGGGGAGCACUAACGAGGCUCUCUACAAGCUGUACAACGUAGCAGCCAAUCACAGGCACCUGUACCACCACGCCUUCCCCGGGCCUCAGGUGGAGGAGGAGGCGGAGGAGCAGGACAAGAAGAGGGACUGAUUAGAGGAGACAGCAGGGACUUUGUGUUGAUGGACAGGCGAGGAGGAGGAGGAGGAGGAGGAGGAGGAGGAGGAGGAAGAGGUGCAUCCUCUCCCAUCAGGCACUCUUUUCUCUCUUGUUGGCUGUUCCUGCCACCGAUGCUCCCCCCUCUUUAAACCCUAAUAACAGACGGUGUAAUGUUCAUGUGUAGGUCAGAGCGUCUGCUUUCAAGCGAUGGAUGCCAUUCCUCAUCGUGUCUCACUUUUUGUCCGUGAAAGUAAAUAAAUAAGACGCCGUGUACAGACACUGUCUUCACUCUGCCAGAGGAGACCGUGGCUUCUUGGACUUCCAGCUGUUACUUUCAUAUCGGGGGGGGGGGGGUGAUUUCUCCGCCGUACAGCACCAGGGCCCCGCAGUUCAAACGUAGUCUGAUCUGGAUUAAAGCUAUCAGGAGAGACCAACUCUUAAAAUCAGCAACCUCAAGUGUUGAAAGUGCUAAAAACUGCAAUUCCUCAAGUGUCCACUAGAGGCUCGCUCCAAACGCAGAGGAAUCCCCAUUAGGUCCCAUAUAUUACAGAAUCACACAUUUUGUUUUAUUUUUAAAGACUGUAAAGGUGCUGAUUAUAUUCGACUCAUCAGUAUUGAUCAUAUUAAGGCUACACUCACGCACUAUAAGGCAUUUUUAGGGGCGUGGCUUAUUUAACUGACAGGCAGGUGCAUUGUACCUGUUAGCCAGUAGGCCUAAGUCCCACCUUAGCUCCGCCUCUUUGCCUGUUUCUAAGUCAAUUUAAGGGUGAGUCAGUAUUCCCAAAAUCCAUACAUGCAUCCAUCUCCCAUACCCCUUAUCGCAUUCAGGGUCGAAGGGGGCGGAGCCUAUCACCGGGCUAACCUCCCGUUUGCGUUGUUCAAACUUUGGAGUAAAAUUAGGAUAACUAUGAUCAGAAGAAUCUGGAUUAUCAGACUGGAUUACAGGAAAGUAAUGUAAGAAAACUUUGAAAAGAUCAGACAAAAGCAACAUUUAAACGAUGAUGUUGACACUCUUGACGACUUUAGCGCUUUAAUAGCUGAAUUCCCCGAAGUGACACAACAGAUAAAGUCGAAAGUGUUGGGGGUAAAAAAGACUUUCAUCCUCAUGAAUUUUCCAUCAAACAGCAGUUCAAUCAAACAAAAUAUGUAAUUAAAGCUCCUGUAAGGAACUUUCAGUUUGUGUGGAUUCUGGCGCCCCCUGUGGACAAAGCUAGUUUAGCAGAUUUUGUGUAGACAGUGUUUUUCAACAAAGAAUCUCAGCCUGCUUUCUUUAAAUGCACCUUUUAUCAAGAAGAUUUGUUGUGGACAAUGUUAUGAAGGUUGUUUUGGAAGUGUGCCGAUCAUCACUUCGUCCGAUUCUUCGCUUAUUGCGUUAAAAGAAAACAGGCGUUAAAAUAACUUUAAAGAGACGGUCAAUAUUCUCUCUAACAGUCUCUUCUGCUUCUAUAGUUCAUAAAAAGGAAUCUAUGUUUUUCAUAACAAGCUAAAAAAUCCUAACUCGAGCUUUAAACUUGACUUGAGUAACUUAGGUUGGUGUUGAUUCUGUCGCCCCCUGUGGACAAAGUACGUAGCUGCAGUUUGAGCACUUUUAUCUUCCUUAAAAGUCUGUGUCCAGGUAAAAUCAGCAUUUCAAUUCAGUUUUUACUGGAGCUUUAAACUAGAUGUAACUUGUGUGAUUUGUGUGGAUUCUGGCGCCCCCUGUGGACAAAGCUGGUUGUGCAGAUUUUGUGUAGGCAGUGUUUUUUCAACAAGAAUCUCAGCUUGUUUUCUUUAAAUAUACUAUUUUUCAACAGUAUUUGUAACGGAUGAUGUUACAAAGGUUGAUUUGGAAGUGUGCGAAACAUCACUUCGUACGAUUUUUCGCUAAUUGCGUUAAAAAAGAACAAGUGUUAAAAUAACCUUAAAGAAACAGGCGAUUUCCUCUCUGAUUGUCUCUUCAGGAAUGUGUGUUUUCAUAACAAGCUAAAAACUCCUCACUGGAGCUUUAAACUAGGUGUAACUUCUAAUUUGUGUGGCCUCUGUCGCCCCCUGUGGACAAAGCUGGUUUUGCAGACUUUUUGCGAAAAGAAAAUCUCAGCCUGUUUUCUUUGAAUUCACCUUUUAUCAGAUAUUUGUCGUGGUUGAUGUUACAAAGGAUGAUUUGGAACUGUGCGAAACAUCACUUUGUCCGAUUCUUCGCUAAUUGCGUUAAAAAAGAACAAGUGCUAAAAUAACUUUAAAGAGACAGGCGAUUUUCUCUCUUAUUGUCUCUUCAGGAAUCUGUGUUUUUCAUGACAAGCUAAAAACUCCUCACUGGAGCUUUAAACUAGAAGUAACUUUUAAUUUGUGUGGCCUCUGUCGCCCCCUGUGGACAAAGUAUGUAGCUGCAGUUUGAGCACUUUGAAUCCAGGUUCUUUAAAAGACCGUGUCAGGAUAAAGUUUAUCAUUCCAAUUCAGUUUUUACUUAAAAGUCAGGAUCCUGGAUAGCUAAAAAGCUGAAUCUGAAAUCCAGAUGAAAACAUUUGAACCCCCGGGCCCUGAUGAUUUUCAACGUAUAGCCAAAUCCGUGACUCCUCCCCCUCCAUUCGUGCCGAUCGUUCCGUUCUUUAAAGUUUUAGUGCUGUUUAUAGGAAACAAUAUCUAAGACCUGCGAUGUUUGAAAGCCAGAUUGUGUACUGUAUUUAAAAACAAUGAAGCUUCUCAAGCGUCAUCAGCAUGGUAAGUGGUUAAUGUGUGUCAUCUUUAAGCUCUUAAACCAGGUAUACUUUAUAAAAAUGACUCUUAAUGGUUGUGACAAAGUGGUAUCGUGCCAUAACAUUACUUUCACUUGGUAUGCAGACGCCCGGCCGCACUUUUCUUCAACAGUUUUUCUGUUUUGACUUGAUCAGGGAGUUUUUUUGUGCACCGCCGGGUGGAAAAGGUCAAAGUUUACACAACACAGCUGACAUUAUUAUCUCUCACUUUGGAGUCUGCUUACAGUUUUUGUAUGUACAGUGACGCUCUGUGUGUGUGUGAGAGAGAGAGAGAGAGGUUGCAUUGUGUCGUAGAGUCAGUGGGUGAAACCAUUGUUGUGUUUUUUUUUUUUUUUGCUCUCACUGAAUGUUCGAGCAAAUCCGAGGAAUGUAGCCGUUCUGUGGCCGCCGAGGAAUCAAAGCGAGCUGCGAUGAGGCGGGGGCGACAGCAGCGGGCCCCGCUCUGGAAAAAGGAUCCUCAUUCCUCGUGGCUUUCAUCAUCUUCACACACACUGAAGUUGAGUCACGUGUAAAGAAAAAAAACAAAGUGUUGCAUGGUGACCGAGGCCAGGCUCCCACCUCUCUGUGUUUGCAGUCGUCGCCGUGUGGAUCCCUGGUUGGCUUGGUAGAGACUGUUACUGUACAUUUGUAAAUGUGUUGUUUUUAGCUUCAGAGUCAGAGCUCACUGUAAAAACGUCCGCACCACAAACAGCCGCAGCGCUCCACUCUCCGUUCCUCUCUGGUCUCCGACAGCACAGGAACACUGUCAUGCAUAUUUAGCGAGUUUAUCCUGAGGUCUGACCUCAAGGGAUGGAAAUUGAAAGGCACUGCAGCAGAGUGGCUUCUUGAGUCUUCCACAAUGUAUAAUCAGCAUCAAGUGAGGCCUUCACAUCCAGGAACCAUCAGGUCCGCUUUAAGACUACUGCUGAGGUUUCUUCUUCUUCUUCAUGUCGGUGAAGCGUCCGUUCAUAAAUCAGAGAAGUAGCAUUUUGUUUACGUUGUGUUGCUUUUUAAAAUCUGCUCUCGAAGGUUUUCAAGUAAGUCGCCCCUGAAGCAGCCCCCCCCCCAUCCAUCCAUCCACUCUGACACCAACUCUGGAUCGCCCGGGAGUCAACACCGCAAAGUUUCCAAACACGCAGUUUCAGUUAGGAGAAAUAAUAAAGUUGGACCAAAUUAAUGAA